GCGACUUCCACCUCCCCGCGCGCGGUGCUGAGCUUCGUGGUGCUCUCCUCGACGUGAAUUUGACUGUACGCCCACUCUGCGCCUUCCACUCAGCCACCUCCAUCGCAACUAUGUUCACCCACAUGUCCUCCGCCUCUACCCCGGGCGUAGCGAGAAGACAGUACGGCUGGACCUCUUCGUCGAGCUGGUCGCAGCAUACUUUGCGGCAGUUGCGCUUUAUCUUGCCGGGGGGAGCGGCGGCAUACUGGUUAGACCUGGGAGAGAUGCUCAGGAGAGUACUACUGGAGAGUGUAGAGGGAUGGGGGAGGACAACCGCACUGGCAGGCGUCGGGCUCGGGCUCGUGACGGUCGUGCUGUUUUUGUACGUCCUCAUCGCGCCGUGGAUGACGGGGUCCGAGAUGAACUACGCUUCGUGGCAGCAGGAUGGGACGCUGUCCACGGUUAUACCACUCCUGACAGUGUCGAUUGCUUUUGGAUGGUCAACACUCGCCGCAACGUUUUGCGUCUGGUCAGAUCUGGGGUACACGAAGGGCAUCAUAGGUGCAACAGCAGCGUACAUGCUGCUCUUCGGCCUACUAGGUCUCCUGCCAUCCAUGAAGGCGAGCAGGUUCCGGCAUGACUAGUAGCUGACACGGCUUCACGUCGCCCCGACCUUCGCGAUGCCCGCCGCAGGUGCUUGGCGUUACGACAUUGCAUCCCCUCGAUGUCCUCCGAGCUGCAUGACGCACUCAUGACCGGGGGAAGAUGGGCAGCGGCGGGAGCGUGGAAGGAAGGGAAGAGAGGACCGAGACCUGAUGAAGACGGACUUAGGGGAGUCACGAGGCAUAGACAACGCAGUCAUAUUCCGGCCAUCUUCACUUGCAACUAUCUUCUGUAUAUGUACAAUGGUAGAGCGCGCACAGACACUUCUAAGACC